AUGAACGAGAAUUUACGUUUAUCUAAUUUUCCAAUGAAUUUUCAGAAAGUUUGUAGAACUUGUUUGACAGAAAAAGAUGAAUUACAAGCAAUUUUUCGAAUUAUUGAUUUAUUAAAAGAAUGUACUUCAGUACAAGUCGACAUGGAAGAUAAUUUGCCAAAAUUAAUUUGCAUUGAAUGUAAUAAUAAAUUAAAUAAUGCUUUUCAGUUUAGAAAACAAUGCCAAUUGUCUGAAAAAAUUUUGUAUCAAUUAAGAGACUUUAAGGAAACACCUAUUAAACUCGAAAACAACGGGUCAAAUUCGCAAUUACAUAAAACUGAAAACUUAGAAAUUAAUGAAAUCUACAUUAAAUUAGAGAAUUCUUAUAAUUUAAACGGGGGCAAUUUGAAUGCAUGUGAUGAAAAUAAGAUAUUAAAAAUUGAUGAUGUAUUCAAUAUUGUAAAUACUAAGAUAAGUAAUGCGGGGGUUGAUUUUUCUGAAACUACCAUUAUUGAUAAUAAAAGUAAUUUGAGUGAUUUUGAUGAACAACCUUUAAGCGCAAGAUUAAUUAAUGAAAACAGGGAUUCAGAUCAUGACGAUAUCGAUUAUAACAAUUCUAAUCAAAGUAGUGAGGAAUCUAUAAAUUUAAGAAAAAAUAAACCUAAUAAAAAAUCUAGUCGACGAAAUAAAAUAAUUAAAACAAAAGUCAUUAAAAAAAUACAAACGAAAAUAAAUAAUGAUAUUCGGAAUGAAUUUGUAUGUAAUCAAUGUGAAGAGUCUUUUGAAUUACAAAUAGAUUUAGAAAUCCAUGUGUUAAAACAUCAAAAGUUUGAUCAUUUAGUUUGCCCUAAGUGCAAAAGGACUUUUGAAAAAGAACGUAAUUUAAAAAAACAUUUAAAUAUACAUAUGGUUAACAAGCCCUAUAAAUGUAAAUUUUGUGAUAAGACCUUUGCUGGAGCCGGUGAUCGAAAUCGUCAUUUACGAAUUCAUACAGGUGAAAAAUCAUACAUAUGCUCAUCGUGCGGAAAACAAUUUCCAGAUUCUAGUGGAUUGUGGAGACAUAUGAAACACCAUAUAGGUGAAAAAAAAUUCGUAUGUACGAUUUGUUCAAAAUCCUUUUUUAAACCAUCUGAACUUCGAAUUCAUAUGCGUGUUCAUACCGGUGAAAAACCUUAUUUAUGUACUGAAUGUGGAAAAAGUUUUAGUCAUCCUAAUGGAUUAAAACUACAUAAACUAAAACAUACAGGAGAACGUCCAUUCCCAUGUACAGAAUGUGAGAAGACUUUUCUUUUAAAUAAACAUUUGAAAGUUCAUAUGCGUUCCCAUACUGGUGAAAAACCAUAUGUUUGUAAAAUAUGUGAAAUGGGUUUUGCAAGAUCAGAUUAUCUGGUUAUACACACUCGUUCACAUACUGGAGAGAGACCAUAUCCUUGUAAAAUUUGUGACAAGACUUUUAAAUCAAGCAAAGAUUUGUAUCAACACAAUCGAUCACAUAACAAAAUAAUACGGAAUUUAGAAAUCUCCAAAAUUGCUGCGAAAUAA